AUGCAAGUUGCCAUUCGGCUGGCAGCACUUGGGGGGCUCCCAGACUACGUGUACAAUCCAGGCAGAUGGGCUGCCUUUCAAGGCAAAUUGGGCCAAACCCAAGCUGACACCGCGAACGAAGCAACAACAACAGUAACACUUCCCAACAAAGACACAUAUGCAGACAAGCUACAUUCUAUUGUAGCUACUAGUGCUGACUGUGAUCCAAUAUUUCUAUUGUUGCGGAGGUCUCCGUUGCAUUAUCUAGCUUACAUGCGGGCGCUGGAUACACAGGUGCUGGAUGUCAACGACCGAGGUGGCUGCUCAAAAGUGUUGCCAUGUAGCCUCCUCAUUCGGUUGACGUCAACGACAGUUGGGCACAGUCAACUGACUACCAUCCCAUGGACCAUAUGA